AUGAGGUUGUCUCACUCUACCUUUCUGGGUCUCUUUGCUCUCACUGCGACUACGAUCGCAAGUACCGCUUGUCUAGAUAACUCCGUCCAUGAUACCAUCGCCUUCUUCAGUGGAACCGCUCUGACGUUCGGCUCCAACUAUACCAAUGCAGCAGACUGUGGCCACAAAUGCUCGACACUUCCUGCAUGUCGAACCUGGCUCUUCACCAGUGGUGGGCAGUUGCCAGGAUUCAGCGGAAUUCCCCUGGACUAUGAGUUCGAUAUCAACCAACGCUUUGCGCAUGGAGCACGCGAGCAUUACUCAAGAAGAGCCAUCAGGCUCACCGCACCUGAGGUCCAGAUGUUGCGACUCAUGGAACGGAUCACAGACAUUCCGAACUGGGAAUACGAUGUGUUUGACGAACAAAAUCUUGCCCAGUGGCGUGCACAGGCAUCUUCAUUUUACGCGAGCCUUGACUCGAACUCAGAUCAGGACGUGGACAUGGACCUGAUCACGACGAAAGCAUGGCUCUGGUGCGUGGCGGAACUGCAGGAUAAGGCUAAGGGCUUCCGGGACACCGGAUAUGUCAUCGUUCUCAAUGCCGACUCCGGCGUAAGCAAGAUCGACGACGAGGCUCUGGGGGAUGAUCUCCAAGAAGCACUCCGUCCGCUCUUGCCAACAAAGAAGGGUGGUGGCAUUCGCAAUUUAGUAGAUCCGUCGCUUUACAUGCUGGUCUAUGGCCGGACAACAGUUCUCAGUCAUGGUGGUCGGGUUGCUCUGCCUGCGGGGGACGGCUCAGCCUCCCAGUUCUAUCCGCCUUCCACCGAUCCCAGACUAGCCACGGCACCUGUGCAGGAUCUCUCCAGGAGUAGAACGGCCCUGAUUCCCCGAGAACUCUUUUAUCUUCAGGAUAAUCUCAAGUUACAACAGGUUUCCUUUCGCUUCCAAUGGCUACCUUGCGAGGUGGAGUUUGCGGAGCCGUCGGGGACGGCAGUACGGAUCACCUCGUAUAUCAACAAUCUCCACCCAAGCCAUACCCAGGCCUAUUCUGCAAUCGAGAAACUCAUUUCUUACGCAAUAGGAUCGUGGAAUGAGGUCCUAGUCAAAGGCACUGGCGGGCGCAUGCCUCGGCGCAUCUAUACCUAUGGCGUCACAGACCGAGAAGAAGAAUGUCUUAUGGAUGUAGAACCGCCGGAGGACAUUCUCCCAGUCGUGUGGAAUCAAGAGAUUACUCGACGCGCAUGGUCUUCUGAGCAAUGGGAGAGUCACUGCGCCAAGGUGCGAGAGUAUUUGACAUUGCCUGAUGUGGAUCCCAAGUACCGUGUCUUCGAACACGAGCCCGGGGACCCCCCUGAGACGGAGGAUCUUCUGGCUUGGAUGACGCCGGAGAUGUGGGCGUCCCCUGCACGCGUCGAGGAGAUCAUCCGGGCGAAGUUCAUGCGACUGCAUCGGUUCUCAUACCCCGAGCCUGGGAUUUCCUAUACGUAUGAAGACUGGAAAAGAGGCCAGACCGCGAACCCCAUCUUCGGGCCAUGGCCAUGUGACCACGAGUUCGACUCGCCUCGAAAUCACGACUACUAUUCGGUGUCGCUCGAAGAUCAGUUCCGCAAACAGGGGCUGCAGGUGAUUGUUCAAGUCUUCAGCAUGGAUCUGACGCCCGAGGGCUGUGGUGAUGAUGGUGCCCAUGCAUACCUCGGAGAUCCAGAGUUCCACGUGGACGGGAUGCUCAACGAGCAUAUUGUCGCCACCGCACACUUCUGCUAUAGCGCGGAGAACAUCACAGAAUCCCGCAUCUCCUACCAACAACGGGACAGGUUGCACAUAUCCGGCCAUCAACCGGACCCCUUCUGCAUCUACAAAGUUUACGGAAUCCCUCCCUCUCCGGGACCGGGCGAAGACACAAACGCUCUGCCGCUGCAAACCCUAGGGUCCGUCGCCGUCACUCAAGGUCGUUUUCUCAUGUGGCCCAAUGCCUUGCGAUACAAGAGGCUUCCGUUCUCCUUGCUCGACCCGAGCCGCCCGGGCCAUCAGCGGUGCGUCGUCUUGUGGCUGGUGGAUCCCCACUAUCGCAUCUGCUCGACUCGGAAUGUGCCCCCGCAGCAGCAUGGUUGGUGGCGCAAUGCGGUCUUGGCGAAUUCCGCCACGACUCCGCUCUCGACUCUUCCCCAGGAGCUGAUGGACAUGGUCAUGAAGAAAACAGGGCCUUGGCCGAUGCAACUCUCCGAAGCUUUGCAGUACAAGGCAGACUCCGAGAAGGAGCGAGAGGAAGCCGUUCCGCACCAGCUUUCGCACAUUCAAGCCUACGAUUUCUGGUGGGAAUUGAGUUAG